AGUCGUAUAUGACCGCCGUAAAUCCCCGUUUGCACCAUAUUAUGCAUUAUGUAAAUCACAGAUAAAUAAGAUUAAAAUAACUUGUACUAUCACCUAUCAUCAGCGGAAACAGACGGUGAACGAGCAAUUUCUUUCAGACAGACAGGAUCAUCUAAUAUUGAUUCAUAACUUUUCUCGGCAUCUGGACCUUCUUCAGGUUCUUGUUUGUGUAGAGACACCAAACGGUACCUGUAAACGAAAAAGAGCAGUACUUGUAACAGGCAUAUUUUCUGUUUAUUGUUAACCAACNGUUAUUACAUGGGGAUCUCCAACCUCCAUCGAUGUUGCACAAGAAUCAAUGCCAUUGUAAUCUUUUAACAAUGGAUCAGCGUUUCGUUUUAGUAGCAAAAUGAUCGGUCUAAACAUUGGAAAAGACGUUCUGAUCAGCUUAAACAUGAGCGAAUAACAUACCCUCAUCCUUUAUUAGCUAACAUUGUUACAAAAUGAAGAGGUGUUCUUUUCCAUUGAUCAGUUCUAUUUUGAUUUCGUAUUUAGUCUGUGAUAAUGAUCAAGUAAUUAUUUUGUUUUUUCGUUUAGAAAGAAUAUUUUGAUCAGCAAAUGAAAUAUCAUCAAUGGAAAUUUCAAGAAGCGAUACUAUCACUUAGAGUUUUAGAUACGGAUUUAACAAAUCGUGAACGUAUUGAAAUACUGGUUGGUUUAAUGGAUCCCAAUGAUACUGGUUGUAUAGAAAGUUUCAGAUUUAAAAAGAUGAUUCGAAAUUUAGCAGACAUUGUUGCUCUAGAAUCGAUUGAUAAAGAAGGUUUAAUAACUGAAUGGGAACGUCAUCUAUUAAAUCAUGUUCAUAUUCCAGCUGAUUCAUCAGUCAAUAUUCAAAUUGGAAAAGAUGAAAUAGUUAAUGAUUUAUUAAUGCAUCCAAAAAUAAUCGAAUUAUUCGAAAUCGGACGACAGCGAUGUCUUUCUGUGUGUCGAUCACGUACUGAUGUUGUUUUACAGUAUUUUUCUGUGUUUUUCUAUAGAAAAAUUUCAAGACAUAAAUUUUUACUCGAAUUAUGUGGUAUUUGA